AUGCCUGUUAACCCUCAGAUACUCGGCAAGUUAGAACAUUCUCAGAAGGUAUUGGAGACGCCGCCAUCGGAACAUCCAACUCCUCCUGCUCAACUCCCAUCGCGCAAUCCAACCCGCUCAUUCUGGAUCGAUUCCUCUCCGGACGCAAAUCCGCUCGCUGGUGAAGGCAGCCAAGAUCCUCUGCCAAGCGAGGCAGACGUCUGCAUCAUCGGGGCUGGUAUCACUGGCGUCGGCGUCGCGUACCACCUUAUCGAACUCUUGAAUAAAGCCUCGAUUUCCCUCGAACACCCACUCAGGAUCGUGAUACUCGAAGCAAGAGAUUUUUGCUCAGGAGCGACCGGAAGGAAUGGUGGACAUCUUACGCCAGCCGCUUUCCUCGAGUUUUCUCAACGUCAGGCUUUGUUCGAUACUGUCGAGGCAAUAAAGUCCUAUGAACUCGAAGAACACACUGCAUCUCUGCUCGUGAAAAUCAUAGAGGACAACGGCUGGACGAGCGAUAUCGACCUCAUAGAAGGUGGACACAUAAAUAUCCUGUUCACGGAUAAGGAAGAAAAAGACGCGCACAAGGACUAUGACAUGGCUCGCCAAGCGCGGCUCAAUCUAGAUGGUGUAGAAUGGCUUCCACAGGAGAAAGUCGAGGCGGAAUAUGGCGCCCCUUACCCAGGAUUCCGCGAACCAGGCCACAAUGUCUGGCCGCUGAAACUCGUCACUAGACUGUAUCAGCAUGCUCAAGCACACGCUGGGCAAUACGCCUCCCUCAGCUUACACACUCGGACACCGGUGACUGCCGUCACGCAUGAAACGGCCAACAACUCUUCCACUUAUACAGUCGUGACGAACAGGAGUAGCAUAUCGUGCUCCCGUGUCAUCCAUGCCACGAAUGCAUAUGCCUCCCAUCUCCUUCCCUUUCUCGCAGGUCCAGCUGGAAUCAUACCCACUCGAGGACAAGUAAUGGCCACCCGUGCUUCUGUCGGCGCAGAUCAAAUAAAGACAACCGGCUGGAGUGGAAACGAAGGAUUUGCAUACUGGUUCCCCAGACCGGUAACACAUGACACCGAGAAACCGCUAAUCAUCAUAGGUGGUGGUCGGGAAGCCGCGGAACCUAGUUACGAGUUAUACGUUGACAACGACUCCCAAACGCACCCUCUCGUUGGUCAUGCGCUUCGCGAAUUCUUGCCGUCUGUCUUCGAAGGUAAGUAUGACCCGGAUUCGGAGCCUGAGAUGGAAUGGACUGGUAUCAUGGGCUAUACGAAGAUGGGAGACCCGUUUGUUGGUCCCGUGGCAGACUUACUCGUAACCAAUUCAGAGAAAGACUUGUACAAGAAACAGUACAUCGCCGCAGGAUAUUCCGGUCACGGAAUGCCGCGCGCUUUUGGGUGUGCUGAAGUCGUCGCGCAAAUGAUUCUGGCUGAGAUAACUAAUACAGAGUGGAAGGAGCCUGAUUGGUUUCCACAGCGUUAUCUGACAUGGAACAGACGAGUUGAGUAA